AUGAAUCGACACGACAUCCAGAACAGCAACAACGACUCGCAAGACGAGACAGCAGCACAUGAAAGUGAUCGCGUCUUGCGUCUCCCAGAAAGCGAUAGUUGUGCAAGCAGUGAUCUUUUGCAAGGUACUGGGGCUUCCCGCAACACCGGCAAGUCCCAGGACAUCAUGAGCGAAUUCGUAUUGAAGCUCAAGCUUGUUCACCCGCUAUCUUACAUUGACCAGUCUGUCAGCCGCAAAUAUGUUCGACGCAUGUUCAUCUUCGACUUCCCAGUUGUCAACGAAACGACGAUCAAUGAGGCCACCUCAGCCAUUCGCAACGGUGUUGCCGUUGCCUUGAAGCAUUUCCCGUUCCUGACCGGCAUGCUUGGGCCCGCGAACCAUGAUGAGAAGGACAAUGUGCUGCUUCGCUACGGCCAUAUUGAUGAACUACGACAGAUUCGCGAUGAGACAUUCAAGACCCGAGUGCACAAGGGGAGUGAGCUUAUCGAUCUUGGUGGCUACGAUCACCUCAGUCGUGUUGGCAUGCCAACCAGCUGUCUGAACAUGCAAGACUAUUGCGCGACUGACCCGGAGUGGACGAUGCCAAGAUGGAUUCCCGUCUUCGCUAUGCAAGCGAAUUUCCUGGAAGAUGGAGCUUUAAUCCUGUGCUUGGAGUUCCAACACUCCGUAGCAGAUGGCUUUUCUAUUGGAAUGUUCCUGAGUAUACUUAGUCUUGGUAUCCGUGGCGCUUUGACCAUAGAUAGUGUCCCAAAAUAUGAUGACUGCGAUAUCGAUUCCACCUUCGAAAACCAUAUACUGGAGCUGCAAGAAAUUUCCAAGACAGACACAUUCCCAGAAUGGGAUUUCAGGAACUUCAAGUUGCCUCCACGCAAACAAGUCGACAGCCAUAUCGUGACAAUGUCAGCUAAAACUGUGGCCGAGAUGAAACGCCGAAUCACUAUUCACAUCCAUGACCAUUUUCCAGAUGAAGACCGUUGGGUAUCCAGCAUAGACUGUAUCUGCGCCAUGCUUUGGGUGUACAUCAGUCGCGCUCGGCUGCUGGAGGGCGAUAGCACGACCAUCUUCACCACAGCAGUCAACGCGCGUGGUAAGUUUAUCGACGAGGUUGUAAAAUCGUACUUUGGUAACAUGUUCACCACUGUCUCCUUAAGGACUAAGGCGAGACACAUAGUUCCGAAGCCAAGCUAUGACAAGUUGUCACCAAGAAAACGCAUCCUACCACCUGUGGAAUUGGGCGAGAUUGCAGAAGUCGCUGCUAAUAUUCGCGAGGAACUCGAGUUAAUCGACCAAGACUACGUACUGCAGCGCAUGGCACGCCUGGCCACUCUUACGAAGCCCACCGAGGCAGCAGUUGCUGCCCAGCGAGCGUGCCGCCCAGCAGAAACGGGUGUGAGGUUUGGAUCUCUUGUCAAGUUUGGCGCUGACGUCCCGUUUGGUAUACCUGGCACUACCGGAGAUGGCACAGCUAGAUUUUGUCGUAAACCGUGGAUGCGCGACGAGGGCAUGAUCAACCUCCUGCCCCGCAAAGGCGGCACUAAAGGAGACGCUGAUUGGGAAAUCCUUCUCUGUCUACCGGACAAGACCAUUUCUGCUUUACUGAAGGAAGACGAGUUGGGACAGUUCGUGGAAAAACAUGUCCACGACAAUGACCCGAGCAAGCAUGGCAAGCGCAGGACAACGCGUCCGGGAGGGCGCUCUAUCAAUCUGAUAGGCACCGAGAAAGUUCUAUUCUGACGGGAGGCCGUGCCAGCUAGUUGCCUGGGAAAUGCAUGUUUCUAGGAUGCAUAUAUAGUAUGGUUAGAUGAAUAUUACACUGUUGAUCCCGGGAAUGGGAGAACAAAAGCCACGUCUUGGUUCAGAUUUUGCUAUAGUCGUUGGUAUUGGUCAAGCGAACGGCGAAAUGGCCAUGGUACAACACCCACCAAGACAUAGGCGAAUACGCAAAC